ACAGAUGGUGUUUGAGAAGUUCGUGCUGGAGGUUAUUUGAUUAGUUUCGGAUGCUUCAGGCUUGUCAAAGAUGCUAGGAGUCGAGCCACACUUCUUCCCACUCGCGGUAUACGCCUGUAUCGCGGCCUUGCUAUGCUUUCUCCUGCCAUAUCACAUCCGACAACGAAAGCUGGCAUCGCAGACGCAGCGCCGACUGAGCUUUGGCGCAUCAGAAGCGCCCAUUGAGAGCGGCCUCAGCGUCGUGAAAGAUGGCAUGAGAGCAAUGAAGGAUCAUCGCCUACUAGAGCUUUCUAGCAACCGUUUCGGAGCAAUCGGAUCCAACACCGUCCAUGUGAAGUUCCCUGGAGGCCAUUUCUAUGAGACGGCAGACCCGGAGAAUCUGAAGACCAUGUUGUCGUCGGAUUUCAGGAAAUGGGGAUUGGCGAAAGCUCGAAAGGAUACUUUCAGGCCCGUGAUGGGAGAAGGUAUCUUCAUCGCAGAAGGUGCAAAGUGGAAACAUUCUCGUGCCUUGCUCCGGCCCAUGUUCUCGCGCACGCAGUUGGAAAACUUCGCAAUUUUCGAGGACCAGGCAACGCAUCUUGUCAAUGCCAUUGUCCGGGCUGACGGGAAGGUCGAUCUCAGAGACAUGUUCUUCCGCAUGACACUGGAUACUUCCCUCGAAUUCCUCAUGGGCGAGUCUAUGUCUUCUCUUGCCAGUCCCGAGGAUGCCAAACGCUCGGCCAUGAACUCUGCACUCCAUCGCGUCGAAGUCCACAUCUCUAGUGGCGGUGGACUUGGCAAUAGUGUCAUUCUCCCUCGCCUCGCCAAGCGCGAAGAGAUACUUCAUCGCGACGACGAAGGGCUGUCGGAUGGAGAGCGGCCAACGUUCUUAGACGAAUUGGUUAAGCAGACGAAUGAUCUGACUGAAAUCGGAGACGAGAUCCUCUCGACUCUCUUCGCCGGCCGCGACACCACGGCUUCGCUGUUGACGAACAUUUUCUUUGUCGUAUCCAGACGGCCAGACAUCUGGCGAGCCCUACAGGAGGAAAUCAAUCAGGCCCUGCCAGACGGGCAAAGACCUAACUCUGAUCAGCUGAAGCAGCUGAAAUAUCUUCGAGCACUCGUCAACGAGUCUCUCCGCUUACAUCCCGUAAUCCCAGGUAACACGCGUCAAGCCCUUGAGGACACGGUUCUUCCUUCAGGCGGAGGCCCAGAUGGCACAGCACCAGUCUUCAUCCCCAAAGGCGAGAUGGUGCGCUUCAACACCUUCGCCAUGCAGCGUCGCAAAGACUUGUAUGGCGAAGACGCACUGGAUUUCAGGCCCGAACGAUGGCUGGAUACUGGUUCAUUCAAGGGCUUACGCGUGAGCUGGGAAUACAUUCCAUUCGGAGGCGGUCCGCGGAUCUGUUUGGGGCAAAUGUUUGCUUUGAAUCAUGCCAUGUAUACCAUUGUGAGGAUGUGCCAGGAAUUCAGCCAGAUUGAAAGUUGGGGCGAAGAGGAAGUGUGGAGGGAGGACAUCACAAUGGGGGUUUGUACGAACUUUUCAGGUGCGAAGGUAGUGUUGAGGAAGUAG